AUGGAGCAAGACCAGACUCCCAGCGAGAAGCCAGGCCAUCCGCCCGCUCAAGCGAUCCUCCACGAGUUGCGCACUGCCGAAAACAGCGCUGCCCAUUUGCUGCCCAAGCUGCAGUCUAUGAAAGAAUCCAACCCCCAUUUGACGCUCUUAGACGUCGGUGCAGGCUCAGGCACCAUCUCUGUGAGUUUCGCCAAGCUCAUCCCCGACGGUCACGUCACCGGCAUCGACCUCAACCCCAACAUCUUGCCACGGGCACGAGCUGUCGCUGAGAUGGCCGGCGUCAAAAACAUUGAGUUUCUGCAGGGCACCGUCUAUAACCUCCCCUUUGCCGACGAGACAUUUGACGUCACCUUUUGUCAUCAAGUGCUAAUCCACAUUGGCACCCCGUGGGAUGCGCUACGUGAAAUGCUCCGAGUGACAAAGCGAGGCGGCAUCGUCGCGGCCCGCGAAGGCGACUACGAGACCGAGUGCGUCUGGCCCGAACUUCCCAAGCUGCGCUGCUUCCAUCAGCUCAUGGCAGGCCUUAUGAGUGCCGGCGGUGGCACUCCAACUGCAGGCCGAGAGCUGCUUUCUUGGGCACUCAAGGCUGGUGCUGAGCGGAGGCAGAUUGAGCUCAGCUAUAGUACAUCGUCAUACCAUACAACGAGCGAGAGGAAAGUCUGCUCCCAGGGGUUGUGUGAUCAGCUCAGAGUGGGUUCUUUGCGCGAGAAAGCCCUCAAGUUCGGUUUAGGUACCGAGAAUGAUUUUGAAGAAAUGGCCAAGGCUUGGGAGGAGUGGGCAAAGAGAGAUGAUGCAUGUUUGGCCAUGCUGCAUGGGGAAAUUCUCGUCCAAAAGUAG